AUGACCGACGUUCUAUCCGAGAACCAGGCGUACUUCAAUAAGAUCGCCGGGGAGUAUGACCAACGCAACGCAGGUGCGAUUGCACAGCUGGAGCGCGAUAUUGAGCAAAAGACAGCCUUUAUUGGAGUCAAGCAGGGUGCCAGGCUACUAGACUAUGCCUGCGGCACCGGCAUGCUCUCGAGGGUACUGGCAAAGUACACGAGCGAGACCAUCGGCAUCGACCUCUCUAAGGACAUGGUCGGGGUGUAUAACGCCCAGGCCAAGAGCCAGGGUUUAUCUAGGCAGGCCUAUCAAGGCAAUCUGGCUGAUCCCGCCGACCCAUCGGCUCCAAGCUUCUCGGACGCCAAGUUCUUCAACUUUGACAUAGCCGGCGUGGGGCUUGGCUUUCACCACAUUGACAAGCCAGAUCUGGCAGCUAAGCGGCUGGCUGAGCGGCUCAAGACUGGUGGAGUGCUCUUUAUCAUUGACUUUGUUGCCCACGAGAUGGACCCCAAGUUUGCGGCCGGACGGGGCAUCACGCACCAUGGCUUCACUGGAGAGCAGAUCAAGGAGAUGUUUGAAGGGGCUGGGCUUGGUGAUUUUGGAUAUGAGGAGUUUGCAGAGCCUAUCACGUUCAAGGACUGCCACGGUGAAGGACAUGGGCAUGGGCAUGGACACGACCAUGGUCACAGUCACGGGCAUGGAGAUGGCCACGAUCAUGGCCAUGGCCAUGGACACGGGGGUAAAGAGGGAGUAAAAGCUACUAGGAGGGUCUUUAUUGCAAGGGCCUCAAAGCUUUAG